AUGACAACGUCACUGCUGCUCCGUCCUCGCUGCUGGCCCGACCCGUCGGUGAUGUUCCUCUACGACAACGGCGGCGGUUCCGAUGAAGUGAGCAAGAACAUGGAGGGUUUCGCGGGUGGCAACUUUGCAGCCAGCCAGUGCAGGAAUCUCAUGGCUCACCCGGCCUCCCUGGCACCCAGCACGGCGUAUCCUUCCAGCGACGUGCCCACGUCAGGAGUGGGCGAGCCGGUGAAGCAGUGCAGUCCAUGCUCGGCCUCGCAGAAUUCCUCCAGCGCCUCGUUGCCUUAUGGCUAUUUCGGUAGCGGCUAUUACCCGUGCAGAAUGGCGCAUCACGGCGGUAUCAAAUCGUGCGGGGCGCAACCCCCCUCUGCUUAUGGGGAGAAAUAUAUGGACACGUCUGCACCUGGGGACGACUUCACCUCGCGGGCAAAGGAAUUCGCUUUUUACCCCACCUAUCCGUCCGGUCCGUAUCAGCCUGUACCCAGUUACCUGGACGUCCCCGUAGUGCCCACAAUCGGUGCGCCUUCCGAGGCCAGACAUGAGCCCUUACUGCCGGUAGAGAGCUACCAGCCGUGGAGCCUGGCCCCCAGCGGAUGGAACAGUCAAGUUUACUGCAGCAAGGACCAGCCCCAGUCUGGGCACAACAUGUGGAAGUCCUCCCUUCCAGACGCGGUGACCCACGUAGGGGGAGACUCCAGCUCGUACAGGCGUGGGAGGAAGAAGCGCGUCCCGUACACGAAGGUGCAACUGAAGGAACUGGAGCGGGAAUACGCCGCCAAUAAAUUUAUCACCAAGGACAAAAGGAGAAGGAUAUCAGCCCAGACCAACCUGUCUGAAAGACAGGUCACGAUAUGGUUUCAGAACAGACGCGUCAAGGAGAAGAAAAUUGUCAACAAAUUGAAACCCAUCAGCUAGUUCCCCCUCCACAAACACAGGCACGCAGACACAGACACACACACAAACACUGGACUGCGUUGGAACCGCCAUAUUUUGUUUAUUUCCUGGAGUUUUUUGGAGGAAAACCAAAUGCUGAACCAAACAUCUCCCCCUCAAAGAUUAUCUGACGAGGAGCAAUAUAAAACAUUUAACUGCAAGAUUGUGCACAAAGGUGUGCGCCACCGAGCUUACACGUUGUUUUUUUUUAUCUGAAACUUUAACGAGAGUGAUAAAUGCA